AUGAACGAAAAUCUAUUCGCCUCUUUUAUUACUCCCACAAUAAUAGGCUUACCUAUUGUUGUACUAAUUAUCAUACUCCCAUCAAUCCUCUUAUCCUCAUCCAAACGCCUAGUUACAAAUCGUUACUUCUCAUUUUUAUACUGAUUAGUAAAACUCAUCACCAAACAAAUAAUACUUAUUCACACCCCAAAAGGACGUACAUGAUCACUAAUAUUAGUAUCAUUAAUGAUAUUUAUUGGAUCCACAAACCUUCUAGGCCUCCUACCUCACACAUUCACCCCAACAACACAACUGUCAAUAAACCUAGGUAUAGCUAUCCCACUAUGAGCUGGAGCUGUAAUCUUAGGGUUCCGCCACAAAUUAAAAUCAUCAUUAGCCCACUUUCUACCACAAGGAACCCCUAUUUCCCUAAUCCCUAUACUUAUUAUUAUUGAAACAAUUAGCCUAUUUAUUCAACCUAUGGCCUUAGCAGUACGACUAACAGCCAACAUUACAGCCGGACAUCUACUAAUUCAUCUAAUCGGAGGAGCAACACUAGUACUAACAAGCAUUAGUCCCCCAACAGCCUCUAUUACCUUUUUAAUCCUAGCCUUACUAACAAUCCUAGAAUUCGCUGUAGCUCUCAUUCAAGCCUAUGUAUUCACACUACUAGUCAGCCUAUAUCUACACGAUAACACAUAA